AUGGAGGCCUCUCCCUUGGCAACCGCCACGGCCUCGUCCUGCGACAGCCUCAAGACGCCCUCCUACAUCGAGCUGACUGUUUCCAUCAUCAUUCUCAUCGGCCUUCUGAUCUCAUAUCUUCCCCAGCACUAUCGCAUCAUCUCUCGUGGCACCUCCGAAGGCAUAUCUCCCUAUUUCGUCCUGCUGGGCACCACUUCCGCCACCGCUGGCUUCGCCAACAUCCUUACUGUAGCACCAUCCCGCAACGCCAUUGGCUGCUGCAGAGAACUGGAGACAUUCGAAUGUGCUGCCGGCCUGCUUGGUGUUGCCCAGCUGGGAACACAAUGGUUGUGCUUCACUGCCAUCCUUGUUCUGUUCCUCAUCUUCUUCCGCUAUCGCGAAGCCAACGUGCCUCAAGAUGAGCUUGGCGGAGAGAGCCCGAGAUGGCAAACGGCUCUCGCUGUGGGCGGCCUCAGCAUCCUUCACGGACUGAUUGUGAUUGCACUGACGGGCGUUUUUGCCAUUGCCUUGCCUAACAAGCUAAACAUCUGGGCCAAUUUUCUCGGUGUCAUGUCUGCAGCUCUCGCGGCUAUCCAAUAUGUUCCUCAGAUAUGGACGACCUACCAUCUCAAGCACGUCGGUAGCCUGAGCAUCCCCAUGAUGUGCAUCCAGACGCCGGGAGGUCUUUUAUUUGCUGCCAGUCUUUUCGCAAGACUUGGCAUGGAGGGCUGGAGCACAUGGGCCAUAUACCUCCUGACGGCCUUCAUGCAAGGUAGUGUUCUUGCAAUGGCCAUCUACUACGAAAUUGCGAGACGCAACGAAGAAUACGCGCACAGCUACACCAGCAGUGCGCCUCAGUCACCCAUCGAGCACCACGCUACGCCACAGCGUCCAUACGCUCCUCGCACCUACUCUGAGGGCUGGGAGCGCGGCCUACCAGGUCCUUUCACAGGCCACCCAGAACGGUACGCCGAAACCGAGGAAGACUUGGACGAUAUGGAAGAACGAGAGGAACGAGCCAUCGCCAGAGAGAACCAGCCUCUGCUCAAGCCCGGCGGCAUUGGCAACCCUCACCGGAACUACGACUCGACUUCGCGUCAUUAA